GUUUUGGUUGAUAGAAUUGUGGUUAUGAGACAGUCGACUUGUGACAGAUAUUUUUAAGUUAUAAAAGUGUUCACUAACAUUUUAAUAUUAUUAUUGUUGUUAUUAAGGUUCUCGUAUAUAUUAAAGGAAGCGUGUCUCAGAUAUCACUGCAGUACCACGGUCGCGCUGGAGAUGGAAGCAACAUUUUAUUUCGCACUGACGCUGCUGGGGAUUUUAAAUCAGGUUCAAGUUAAUUGGGCAGAAGUUGAUUUGUGCGACAGCCAGAUUUACUGCCAUGGGACUUUACUGGACACCAUACAGAUGGCGAGUGUGUUCAAAGACUCCAAAACGUUCGUGGAUAUGAGCUUGAAGAACAGUCCCGAAGAGACCCUUACAGUUUUUAACAAUUUGAUGAAGAAUACUAGUAAUGAGCCAACUCAUAAGCAACUCACAGAUUUUGUGGAAGAGAACUUCGAGACUGGUAGUGAGUUAGAGGAAUGGACACCAAGUGACUACACGGAAACCCCAAUGUUCCUCGAAAGGAUAAAUAGUAAGGAUGGUGAUAUAAAAGAAUUCGCCCAAGAUUUGGUGAAAAUAUGGCCGACUUUGGGUCGUAAAGUCUCAUCCAAGGUAUCAGAAAAUCCAGAGAAGUAUUCCUUGAUAGCAAUGCCGAAUGGUUUCAUCAUACCAGGUGGUAGAUUCAAAGAGAUUUACUACUGGGAUACCUACUGGAUCAUCAAAGGACUUCUCCUAUCCGACAUGAAAACCACUGUAAAAGGCAUCCUAGAGAACUUCCUAUCCUUCGUAGAAAAAUACGGUUUCAUACCAAACGGUUCCCGUGUCUACUACUUAAACAGAUCACAACCACCUCUCCUCUCCUGGAUGGUGAUGGAGUACAUCAAAGCCACAAACGAUUUGGAGUGGUUAAAAACUAACAUCCACACAUUGGAACGUGAGUUGAACUACUGGAUCAAAAAUAAGACCGUAAAUAUUGAUUAUAACGGCGAAAAAAUCAUGUUGGCACAUUAUGCAGUGGACAGCGAUACGCCACGACCUGAAUCCUAUUUGGAAGAUAGCAGGACUUGUGCCUAUCAGCAGGAAGGAAAUGCUAGGAAAAAUUGUUACCAAGAUUUAAAAAGUGGUGCCGAGAGUGGAUGGGAUUUUUCUACGCGUUGGAUUUUCCAAGAUGACACGAAAAAAACAAAUUUAUCAGACAUCAAAACUAGAAGAAACAUUCCUGUGGACUUGAACGCUUUCCUGCAAAGGGCAUUUGCCGAUUUGGGCGAACUAUACAAAAAAAUAGGAAAUUAUAAAAAAUCAAAAGAAUGGAGAAAUUAUGCGUCCCUUUGGAACAGAAACAUUAAUACGGUUCUCUACGAUGAAAAAGAUGGAAUUUGGUAUGAUUACGACAACGUAAAGGGAGUACUCAAAAAAGGGUUUUACCCCAGUAAUUUUGCCCCCCUGUUCAGUAUGUCCUAUGAUUUUGAGAGAAGCGAAAUUUUGGGAGACAGAGCUGCUGAGUAUUUUGAGAGGAUGAAUGUAACGAAGUACUCGGGUGGCAUCCCCACAUCCCUAAUCCUAUCCGGUGAGCAAUGGGACCUCCCCAACGCGUGGCCCCCCACCCAGGACAUGGUCGUAACUGGGCUUCACAAAACCAAAUCAAAAAAGGCCCAGUCACUCGCGGAACUUCUGGCCACGCGAUGGAUCCGCUCGAACCAAAUGGGAUUCAAGCAAUCCGGAGAAAUGUUCGAAAAAUACGACGCUGAAAUUCCGGGACAAUUCGGCGGAGGGGGGGAAUACGUUGUGCAGUCCGGAUUCGGAUGGACCAAUGGGGUUGUGUUGUCUUUUAUUGAUGAGUUUUUUACGAUACAGGGUUAUUAAUAUAGCCACUUAAAGUUUAUCUGUCAAAAAGUUUGAUAGCAUUUUGAUAGAUAAAAUAAAAAAUGACGGCGUUGUUUGUGUGUGUGUGCGUGUAGAAAAUCCUUGUGUACUUAUAAAUAAGUGAUAAACGUUCCUUUAUUUUAAGUAUGUAACAAAAUAUAGUAUUAAAAUAAAGUAAUUAUAUUUAUUAACACCUAAUAUUGUAUUAAUAAUAAUU